UUCCUCCUGACCACGGGCGCUCGUAGGCUCUGCCGUUGCGCUCGCAACGAAAAGCCCAAAAAAAUGCGCUGUUUCCGCGAGCGAAAAGCUCUCCUCCACAGAAACCACGACCAGCCUGUCCCUCCCGCCCUUCCGCGGCCUUCCCAAGGCUACGCCGCUAUCACACCUGGCCGUCUGGUGAGGCCAGCCGACGAAAAAUAUCUCGCCGGUAUCCGUCUCCUCGAACGAUGGCAGUCGCCCAGGCCGCAGCGGUCGCCGCGCCGGUGGUGGCUGCGGCUGCGGCCGCGCACACUGCCGCCUGCCUUCCCACCGCAUGCCGCCGGGGCACCUCGCGGUGGGCAUUAAUGCCGUCCCGGGCGCCGGUCGGGAUGGUGGGCGGGUUCAGGUGGCUACGGCGGCGCGCGCAAACCCGGGCACGGACGCGGCGCGGCAGGGCACGGGCCACCGGCCGCGCCCGCGGCCUCGUGGUCGUGGCCGAGUUCGGCGGGACCUACGAGGACGGAUUCGAAGACGUGCACAAGAAUAUCAUCAACUACUUCACCUACAAGGCCACGCACACGGUCCUGCACCAGCUGUACGAGAUGAAUCCCCCGUCGUACACCUGGCUCUACAACUACAUUACCGUCUGCGAUCCAUUAGAUGGCGAUUAUUUCCUUCGCUUGCUCGCAAAGGACCUGGCCGAGAGAGUGAUGAUCACACGCCUUCACCUGUACGGCAAAUGGAUCAAGAAAUGCGACCACGCCAUGAUGUACGAGCGGAUCUCUAAAGAGAACCUGGAUAUCAUGCGCCAGAGGCUGCUGGAGACGGUGGUCUGGCCGACCGAUGACACCAGCACCGGCGAUUAACGGCGGCACGACGAGACUGGAGCUCGCGACGACGCCGAGCAACGAGUAUGACUGCUUUCACUCGACAGUGUACUCUGUACAUUGUCUUCAGGGGUUUGAUUUGACCUGCUCAUUUCUGUAUACGACAGCCCUGCAUGGAUAGAACAGAGCACUUGAUGUAUAUUCUCUUCUAGGGGUUUAUGGUUUAGUGCAAUGGACCCUUUUUGUCCUUACAAUACAACUCAGCAAAGCAUCGUAACAAUGGUGUUCCUUUUUGUUUGAGAGCCUGGAUGUUUUGCCUUGUGCCUA